GCUUCGGGGGCGCGGUGACUAGGGCGGGGCGGGCGGAGCGGGCAGGGGCGGCGGGCGCCGCGGCCAGAGAUGCUGUCGGGACGCGAGGGGCGAGGGCGCAUAGCGGCGGGAGCCCUGCUCUGAGGGCGUGAGGUAACGUGACUUUGGGGACGGACGUUGGAUGACGCAGGCGCUGCACCUCUCUGUGUGGAGCGCACGUUAUGAACCCUUUCUGGAGCAUGUCUGCAAGCUCUGGACGCAAACGAUCUGACGGUGAAGAGAAGACAGUGACGGGGGACGGGAAGACCAGCCCUCCACGCACAGCUCCAAAGAAACAACUGCCUUCUAUUCCCAAGAACGCUUUGCCCAUCACGAAGCCCACGUCUCCUGCCCCCGCAGCACAGUCAACCAAUGGCACGCACGCUUCCUACGGCCCCUUCUACCUGGAGUACUCCCUCCUUGCAGAAUUCACCUUGCUGGUGAAGCAGAAGCUGCCGGGAGUCUACGUGCAGCCGUCUUACCGCUCAGCGCUAGUGUGGUUUGGAGUGAUCUUCAUUCGGCAUGGACUGUACCAAGAUGGAGUAUUUAAGUUCACAGUGUACAUCCCUGAUAACUACCCGGACGGCGACUGUCCACGCUUGGUGUUUGAUAUCCCCGUCUUCCACCCGCUAGUGGACCCCUCCUCAGGUGAACUGGAUGUGAAGAGAGCAUUUGCCAAGUGGAGGCGGAACCACAACCACAUCUGGCAGGUGCUGAUGUACGCGAGGAGAGUGUUCUACAAGAUCGACACAGCGAGCCCCCUGCACCCCGAGGCUGCGGUCCUGUAUGAGAAAGAUGUGCAUCUGUUUAAAAGUAAAGUGGUUGACAGUGUGAAGCUGUGCACGGCCCGCCUGUUUGACCAGCCUAAAAUAGAAGACCCCUAUGCCAUCAGCUUUUCUCCAUGGAACCCUGCUAUACACGACGAAGCCAGAGAGAAGAUGCUGACUCAGAAGGACCCCACGUCUGCAAUCGCUGCUGACCAACUAACUGCCCUCAACUGUUCCUCUAGAGGGCGCACAACGCCCAGGAAACUCCUGCAGAAAACAGCUGACGGACAUGGCACCUCUACAGCCACCAUGAUCCAGUGAAGACGUGUGAAAGAACAGUCUGCAUUUCAGCUAACUAAAAUUUCGCCUCUUAGAAGUUAAAUCUUUAAGACAAUGCAUAUUUCCCGAUGACCCCUCCUUCAAAACGUAAGCUUGAAGGCAAAAACAAGCAUUAGGAAAUGUAGAAUGUCUUUGAGAAACAGCUAGCACCUACUGCUAUUUUUGUAAAUACUCAAAGAUUGACAAAAGGAAACUGUGAAAUCAAUCUGGCCCAGUGAAAUCCAGAUUUCACAGAAGUCCCCUAACGAUCACGUCUGCUUCUGAGAGAGGGAACCACCGCUGCGAGGUGCGGGCAGCGCCUGGCGGGGAGCCCUCCUGCCCGCCUUCACCUGGGUCCCUGUGCUCCAGCACAGCUGCCCCAGAGGACACAGAGCUUCACACAGAGCAAGUCAACGUUCUUGAACAUACAUAUGAAAAAGGCAUGACCUCAUGUCAAAGAAUUUAAGCAUGACUGCAUAUGCUAAUAAAACACCUCUUCUAAUUUUUCCAACAAACGCUUAAAGAUAAAGUAUAUUUCCCCCUCUCAUCCAUGUUUUUAUCGCUCUGUCCCUCUCGCUUCCUCUCUUUCUAAAAAUCAAUAAAAAAACAUUUUUCAAAAUGGAGAAAACUCUUAGUUAAGGUGAGCGUGAGGGGAGUGUUCUUUUUCACAAUGGACGCAAGCAGAGCGCACACACGAUUAUCACAACAGGCCAGGACCUGAGCGUGUGCCGGCCCCUCUCCUCGGCUCCACUCACCUUGUCCAAGUGCUGCUGCAAGAUGCUCUUCAUCGGCACCCUCUCGGCAGGCUCCGCGCCCGGCCCGGCACCCAGAGACCUGGAGAGCGCCCCCAUUUCCUCCUCCGCGUCCUCUCCAAGAAACACCCGCUCAUCGAAGUUCCCAACGGUCAGGACAUACUCCUCAUAGGCCUUAUUGAUGGCUUUC